UGAAACCCUAACGAUUUAUAUUGCCGUCUCUUUUCUCACUCUUCUGCUUCUUCUUUCGGUCUCGGUAGGAAUUAGGGUUUUGAUUUGCAUCAAAUGGCUCCCAAAAGAGGUGUUAAGGCCCCUGUAGCCGCCAAGAAAAAGACAGAACAGGUUGCUAAUCCUUGUUUUGAGAAGCGCCCGAAACAGUUUGGUAUUGGUGGUGCUUUACCUCCAAAGAAGGAUCUUCAUAGAUUCGUUAAAUGGCCCAAGGUCACUCGUAUCCAGAGGCAGCGAAGGAUUUUGAAGCAACGAUUGAAGGUUCCACCUGCUUUGAACCAGUUUACCAAAACACUUGACAAGAACCUUGCCACAAAUCUUUUCAAGAUGUUGCUGAAGUACAGACCUGAAGACAAGGCUGCUAAGAAGGAAAGGUUAUUGAAAAGGGCUCAAGCUGAGUCGGAAGGAAAAACAGUUGAGGCUAAGAAGCCUAUUGUUGUGAAAUAUGGACUUAACCACAUUACAUAUCUCAUUGAGCAGAACAAGGCCCAAAUGGUUAUUAUUGCACACGAUGUUGAUCCCAUUGAGCUUGUUGUCUGGCUUCCUGCAUUAUGCCGUAAAAUGGAGAUUCCAUAUGCCAUUGUAAAGGGCAAGGCUCGUCUUGGGGCGAUCGUACACAAGAAAACUGCCUCAGCAUUGUGCUUGACAUCAGUGAAGAAUGAAGAUAAAAUGGAAUUCAGCAAGAUUGUGGAAGCUGUCAAGGCUAAUUUCAAUGAUAAGUUUGACGAGCACCGUAAGAAAUGGGGAGGUGGAAUCAUGGGAUCAAAGUCGCAAGCUAAGACCAAAGCUAAGGAAAGGGUUCUGGCAAAGGAAGCAGCUCAGAGGUUGAAUUAGUUUCUUAUUUGUACUAAGCCCUGAGAGAGAAAUACUAGGCAAGCAAUUUUGGAUUUCUGUGUAUACAGAUACAAUUCAUCUUUAGUUUGGAUUCUUGAUUGUGAGAAGUUCUGUUUUAAUUCCCUACUCUAGAUGUUGACUGCAUUGUUUUUAUUAGCAUAUCAGUUGCUGAGGAUUUGUCAGUUA